AUGGGUGGUUCAAUCAGCAAACUAUUUUCCGGUUUAUUUGGCAAGAAAGAGAUGAGAAUAUUGAUGGUUGGAUUGGAUGCUGCUGGAAAGACGACUAUCCUCUACAAACUCAAGCUUGGUGAAAUUGUCACAACCAUCCCAACAAUAGGUUUCAACGUAGAGACAGUGGAAUACAAGAACAUAAGCUUCACAGUGUGGGAUGUAGGUGGUCAAGACAAAAUCAGGCCACUGUGGAGGCAUUACUUCCAGAACACACAAGGUAUCAUUUUUGUGGUAGACAGCAAUGAUAGGGAACGUCUCGCAGAGGCAAAGGAGGAGCUGAAUCGCAUGCUUAGCGAGGACGAACUCAGGGAUGCAGUCCUUCUAGUAUUAGCAAACAAACAGGAUCUUCCCAACGCCAUGAAAGCAAAUGAAGCAAAAGAAGCACUACAACUGUCAGGCUUGAAUCAACGAAAAUGGUACAUCCACAGCACGUGUGCCACCACAGGUGACGGACUCUACGAAGGCCUCGACUGGUUGUCUAAUGCUCUGAAGAAAUAAUAAGAUUAUCUCUAGAAAGUCAAGUUGUAAUUAAUAAUCAAAUGAAGAUAGGUAACUUCCGCUUUUCAUCAAAUCUGUCUAGGUGUAAUUACAUAUUGUCUCUCCGAAGGUCCAACUUUAAAGGGUAGUGAGAUUUUCAUAUUUAGAAAGAAACAUGCUUUAUUUUGAAGUCAAAUCCCUCGUACUACUCACCCAUAUAGGGAUUAUAUCUAGUUCACACAUGCCAUGGUCCAUCUAUAUACCGGGUAAUGCACACACACACACACA